AUUGGUUGCAAGUGCGGCCGAGCCGACACGGCCAGCAUCGGGCAACGUAACAUGCGCUAUCGACUUAAAGAUCGGCCAGCGGAUCCUAGAUAGCUGAAACCCUAUUCCACUAGUAUCGGUGGUUUCAAAGUACGUAGCACUGGCUGUGAGUGGUGCGGACCAAGGCUCUACGGCAAGAGGGAGUACUCUAAUUUAAGCAACUAAUGGAUGCCAGCCGCAAGGACGAUUGUAUUGAUGCCGUCAAGAAUACCAUCGAGAAACUCGGUGGAUUGGACAUUGUGGUCUCCAACGCUGGCUGGACCAAGGUGACGGUGUUCAGUGAUUUGGACGCUAUGGAUGAUGACGACUGGGACAGGUGCUGGACCACGAACGUCAAAAGCAACUUGUAUUUGUUUAAGGCGGCACUCCCUACUUUCAAUACCAACCCCGAGGGUGGUGCUUUUAUCAUGACAUCGUCCACUGCGGGUGCCGCAGUGACGGGAGGCAGUUUGCCAUAUGCUGUCACCAAGGCGGCCGGCUUGCAUCUUAUGAAAUGCCUUGCACAGACCCAAGGCAGCAAAGUCCGUGUCAAUGCAGUAUUGCCCGGUCUUCUCCUCACUGAAUGGGGCAUGCGCUUUCCUCCCCAGGCAAUCGAGAUGUACAAAGACAGAGCUGUUUUGAAGAAGAUAGUUGACCUGGACGACACUGCCAAUGCAUAUGUCAUGCUCGCACAGAAUACGUCUAUGACCGGACAAGCGAUUCAAAUUGAUGCCGGUUUUGCCAUUAGGUAGAAAGUUGGCCGUGGAAGAUCAUCUUCGGUUGUCAGUGCUCGGGCGCUGGAGUCGAUUGAGAUUGAG